CACGUGGUCUUCAGAGAGUCUUUCAACAAUGGGCUUUGGUGAUCUGAAAACUCCGGCAGGCCUUAAAGUCUUAAAUGACUUUUUGGCAGAUAAGAGCUAUAUCGAGGGCUACGUACCAUCCCAGGCUGAUGUCGCUGUAUUUGAUGCGCUGUCUGGUGCUCCACCUACAGACCUGUGCCAUGCUCUUCGCUGGUUCAACCAUAUCAAGUCUUACCAGAAAGAGAAGGCCAGCCUCCCAGGAGUGAAGAAGCCUCUGGGUCAGUAUGGUCCUGUUGGUGUGGAGGACACGACCAGUGGUUCCGCUCCUGUGAAAGAAGAAGAGGAGGACGAUGAUGACAUUGAUCUGUUCGGUUCUGAUGAAGAGGAGGAUGAGGAGACCAAGAGAAUCAAGGAGGAGAGACUAGCAGCCUACAAUGAAAAGAAGUCUAAAAAGCCCGCCCUUAUCGCAAAGUCCUCCAUCCUUCUGGACGUCAAGCCUUGGGAUGACGAAACGGAUAUGUCUAAGCUUGAGGAGUGCGUUCGCAGCAUCGAGUUGGACGGUCUGGUUUGGGGCCAGUCCAAAUUUGUGCCUGUCGGCUAUGGCAUUAAGAAGCUGCAGAUCGCGUGCGUGGUAGAAGACGACAAAGUCGGAACCGAUCAGCUGGAAGAGCUGAUCACUGCUUUUGAAGACUACGUGCAGUCCAUGGACGUUGCGGCUUUCAACAAGAUUUAAAACCUCACAGUGAAAUGCCUUGCACAAUAAAAUAGCACUUAAAA